AUCAUUUAUGCUAACGAUUCUCGUCUGAUGUUAUUGCUAAAACCGACACAGUUAUAUACUGUAGCCCAAUUUCAUUUUAAAAUCUCCUGGAUUAAUGAUAGGCACUCUACCACCUUUAAAUAGACGACUGGCAACUAGAUGUAGAGAUGUGAGGACUCCUUCGUGUCAUCCUGGUCUGCACUCAGCAUGGCGCUGGAGGAGGACGAACACAGCCUGGAGGCGAAAUUUGCUGCCGCAGUUAAAGUGAUCCGGAGUUUGCCCGAAGAAGGUCCUUUCCAGCCGUCUGAUGAAAUGAUGCUGAUGUUCUAUAGUUACUACAAGCAGGCCACCAUGGGACCCUGCAACAUCCCCAGACCAGCCGGCUUCUGGGACACCCGUGGCAAAGCUAAAUGGGAUGCAUGGAGCUCUUUGGGAAAUAUGUCAAAGGAGGAAGCCAUGAAGAAUUAUAUAGAGGACAUCCAGCUCAUUUUGGAGACGAUCCCAGUCUCAGAAGAAGUGUCCGACCUGGUACAGAAGCUUGGGAACUUCUACACGGAGGCAGAGGGAGACGGGGAAGAGGCUGAAGAAAACGAAGUGGACAGGAGACCCUUCACCAGGCCUUUUGCAGGACAUAAUGAUCAACUGCUCAAAGCUGUGAAGAAACCAAUAAUGGAAGGCUAUGGGGAUCUGUGGGCUGAUAUACAAAACCUCCAAGAACAUGGUAAAGACAGCAGUGUUCAUGGCUUAAGUAGCGAGAAGGCAGAGGGAAGCAAGGAAAAUAGUGAAAUUGAGAGAAAAGAGGAAAGUAGUGAUUGGAGGAGAAGUGAGGACGAGGACAAUGGGGAUGAAGAAGACAAUACAGACGAUGAAGACAAGAAGGAGGAAAGAGAUUGGAGUCCUGACCCAAGGUUCUUAAUGGUGGGGGACAAGAGGUGGAGGUCUGACACCAAAGGCUCCAGCAGCAGUGUGGAGCCCAGCAUCUCCUCCAUCACCAACGGGACGCACAGCUCCCUCAACAGCGAGGUGGAGGAGGAGGAACUGGCCUGUUCCAUAGAGUCUAGUGUACAGUAUAACCCAUACAUGCACUUUAAUGGACACAUGAGUGAUCAUGGUGAUACUGUUCCUGAGAAGAACCAUCGAUCCACAGACUCAGAUAAUGAAGAAUUCUGUGACUCAAUGGAGCAUCUAGCCAUGGACGAGCGGCUGUCGACAUCAAAAGGCCGUUCGCCCGGAUCAGGAGACGUCUCUGUGAGGCAGAAGGAUCGGUGGUUUGAGAGCAGCGCCACCAUGAAAGAAGGAGAAGAUCAAGUGGGAGAUUCCUGCCUCAGAGUGGGGAUCAGUCCGUACAAACACAGCUCCUUGUCAAGAAGAGGGAGAAGUUCCCAGUCACCGAGGGCUACUUGCAGCCCUCAGCCCCGUGUCAGUGUGGAUGAGACCUGCUGUUGUGUGUCACGGAGCAGACAUGCUGUCAGUCCUGCCAGGGGUAACGUCAACGAGCAAAUAGCCACCACUCUGCUGAGGCUCCAGCAUGACAUGGCCAAUGUGCUGCACAGGCUGCGCUCACUGGAGGUGCUGACCAGAUCACAGUCAAGAUCAUCUUCACCAAGACAGGGGGACAUUGUACCUGUUGAACGAAAGGUUCUAUUACAGCUUUAUAUUUUGCUCCAUUACAAGUUAACACCCCAUCGAGAAACAAAGUACCUUUAUCUCUGUUUUCUGCUUUUUAUAGUUCCUGAGACCAUCUUGGUGGCCUUUUGGAUUUUCUCCACUCACAGUGAUGCUGACUGCACUCUGGCCUCUGAUUGCCCAUUGGCUUAUCCAGAUUUACAUACAACGUAGGAGACGGAAAAUCCCAUGAGCCAGACGACCGUCACACAAAAAACAUGAACUCUGGAUGAAAUUGGUGCUCACUGGCUGCUUUGUGAAGCCACUGCCACAGAUGCAGUGGAGUGAGGCAUCAGUAGGAAUGGAAAGGCUACAUUAGAUCCAUGGAUGGUCAAAAAAGAGCCAUGGAAACAUGUAGAAAUUUGACUUGAAGGUGACUUUUGAGUGUUAGAAAGGGAUGAUUUCCACUUUAUGCUGGAACAAUUUCUUUCAUACGUAUCUUAGCAUUAGGUUGUGAUCUGUCAUCUGACGUGCAACAUGCACAUAAACCACAGAAUUCGUAAGUGAAAUAAACUCAUGAGUCAUUAUCAUACAUUGGCUGUGGAGUUCAACUUCAAACUGUUAAUUUAUUUUUUGUAUUAUUUAAUUAGGUUUCUUUUCAUAUUAUUUGUCAAACUUCUUCUUUUUUUUUCUUUUUUACUUAAAGAUAUGAGAUUAUUUUGAGAUUGAGAUAAGCCUUUACCUGACCUGUAUUAUCUGACAUAUAGAACUAUUACAGGGACAUUUUUUCUUUUAAGACCAAAUAGAUAUUUAAAGUUAAAAAUAUGGGUGUUUGUGUGUAAAAGUAUGUAUUUAUUUUAUUUAUUCAAUGCAAUGCAAAAAUAGAAUAAGAGUCUGGACAAUCCAUAUAGCUAUAUAUAACACAUAUACUGUAUAAUCAUUGUUGUUUCUUGUUAGUUUUACAGUAAACAUUAGGGCGUUUGACCUAUUUAAGCAAUGGUACAGUGCUUACAGUUUUACAUCAGUAUGUUAAACUAAUUAAAAAAUGCAAUAAACGCAUCCUUGGAACAAA